AUGCAAAAAACGCCAUCAACGUCAUCGUUUAGAAUAUUCAAAUUCGGCGAUAAACAAUUCCGAAUCAACGAGCGUCAAAUUGUUUCAUCAUCCAAAUAUAUACAAAAACUGGUUACAAAUGGCAAAUGCCCAGUGGUAAUAAAUUUGGACCAUCUCAAAAGCUCGCAGCCAUGCUUAACGGUUGAUGCAAUUGAUAUUGCAUUACAGUACGCCAAGGGACGAGCAGUUAUUGCUCUGAAUAAGAUAGUCGAGGCAUUGGCUGCAUCGAAUGCACUACAAAUGUGGGAUAUGAGAACAGCGAUAAGUGAGCAGCUUUUGAAGCUCAUUGCAGUACCUCAGUAUGCACCACUUGUUAUUGCUAUCGCAUGUGUUGACCUAACCGCUGACUGGAGGAAUACCAUUCUUGAGGUUUCACUUGCGUUAUCAGUUUAA